AUGACGCUACUAGAAGAAUGCCAUAAAAAACUAACCGACUUACAACGACAAGUAGCUCAGACAAGUAAAAAUGUUAUGACGCGUACACAGAAAUGGCGACGUCUUUCUGCUGUACCAUCUACAGAUUGUGAUGUUGUAUUAAUAUUUAAAAGAGGAGUUUCUGAAGAUAUUGUCGAUUGGCUUAUUGAAACAAUAAGAAAUCGUGUACCUCAGCUGGUUGUACAAAAACAAUUCCAUAGAACAUCUGGACAGUAUGCGCUUUAUUUAACAGCAUCUUAUAGAGGACUACUCACAGGUGCUGAAGAAUUAAGAAUUAAAAAACCUUUAUUAAUUGAACAUGGUGGUGGUUUACGUGAAUUUUCAGUUGAAGAAUUUGGUCUAUUCGACAAUGUAAUGGAUGAAAAAGUCUUUCUGUCAACUAGUGAACGUAGUAAUAUUGUGUAUCAUUUUUUAAUGAGUUUACGCGCUCAUCGUGAAGACUCGGAUAUGUGUUGUUCAAUUAAGUUCACUGAAGGACAAUGUAUGAUUCCAUCUCUUCAAUCUGGUGGGAUAGUUAGUCAAAUAUUCCCAUUACAUGAACCAAAUUCCCUGAACAAGUUGAUGCGUACCUGGAUAACUGGUUGGAUAGUGAAACAACCAUUGGAUGAUAUAAAAGAAUAUUUUGGCACAAAAGUUGCAAUGUACUUUGCAUGGUUAGGUCAUUAUACUUAUUCAUUGAUAUUCCCGUCAAUUGUUGGACUUCUAGUCUGGUUAUUUGUCAGUCCUAAUAAAAACUCAUUUUAUUAUCUUCUAAUGGCAAUAUUAAAUUUAAUCUGGACACCGUUGUAUCUUGAACAUUGGAAACGGACUAGUUCAUUCUUAGCUUACCAUUGGAGUUCAUGGGAUACACCGAUUCCAUUGUUAGAAGAGCCUAGACCAUUAUUUAAAGGUACACUAUCAUUAUGUCCAAUCACUGGAAGAACAAUACGUGUUUACCCAAGAUGGAAACGUUUAUUAAUCUUGUGCUUUAUUACCUGUCCUGUAGUUCUCCUGUCAUUGUUUAUUGUCAUCCUAAUCACACUCGUAUAUGUCCAGUUACAAGAGAAAAUGAAUAUUACAGCUAAUUCCAGUAGGACAUACCUAAUACCAAGUUUUGUAUUAUCAACUUUACCCAAGAUUUUUCUAGCUGUUUCUAUUGCUAUCAUGGAUGUCAGUUAUCGUAAAAUAGCUGUUUGGCUUACAAAUCUGGAAAAUCAUCGCCUGGAAGAUGAUUACAAUAAUUAUUAUGUAAUCAAAUUGAUAUUGCUUCAAUUUGUCAAUUCAUUUUAUUCACUAUUCUAUACAGCAUUUUAUUUAAAAGAUUUAGAUUUAUUAAGAAAGCAACUUGUCACACUGCUGCUUAUUCGACAGAUGUUUGAUACAAUUAAAGAAGUCUUUUUACCCUAUGGUCAAUCACGUCUGCGUCAAGUGUGGUUAUCGUUAAGAUAUGAACAGAAACGUUUAGCCCGAAAGAAUAUAACAACAAUUACACCUGAAUUAAAUGAUUCAACAUCAUCGUUGUUGGUACAGGCAACAAAGAAUACAGGUGGCGAUGAGGAUGAUCAAUGUGCAAUGGAUGAUAUUGAUCCAGAAAUGCUUAUACAUCAAAGAAGUGUUCCAGUAAAUAACGAGCAUAAAAAAAUGUCUGCAUAUUCGGGAAAAUCAUUCGAUAAUCCCGAGGAAACAAAAAUAGCCGCAGCUGAAAGGGAAGCGACUCUAUUACGAUAUGAAGAUCCAACUGAUGAUUUUCUCGAAAUGUUUAUUCAAUUUGGUUAUGUGAGUAUGUUUGCCGGUAUAUUCCCAUUAGCCGGUUUGUUGGCUUUUGCGAAUAAUCUUAUCGAGAUACGUGGUGAUGCCUAUAAAUUAUCAACUAGUUAUCAACGUCCAUUUGCUAAAUUUGCAAGUAAUAUUGGUGUUUGGCAACUUGCACUAGAUGUGGUCAGUUAUAUCGCUGUUAUCGUGAAUGUAGCACUACUUGGGAUUUCGGGAACUGCACAACGUCUCUUCCCGAAUCUGUCUACUUCACAUUUGAUCAUAUUAUUGGUUCUUAUUGAACAUGCAAUCAUAAUUACUCGUGCUACGAUUAGUGCACUUAUUCCGCACACGCCUACUUCUGUUGUCCACCAGAUAGCUAAACUGGAACAUCGAAGACGAGAGGCUCUCAAGAUACUUGAACGUGAAACUAUGCGUGAGCAACAACGUCAACAAUCACCGUCAAAUAAUAUGACAUCGGAAUCAGGCAUCUAA